UUUCUCGGGGUCAGAGUUCAGGAGACGCUGGUGAUGUCAUGAACUGAAGAUGGCUGAAGGGGAAGGAAGCUGGUGGGGAGGCUGGUUUCAGCAAGGCUUCCAGUCCGUCAAAGACAAGUCUGCUGAAGCAUACGAGUUCAUCAAACGAGAUUUGGCCGAAUUCUCCAAUGUGGUGCAACAUGACACCACGUGCUCUAUCGUCGCCACAGCCAACGCCGUCCGGAGCAAACUGGCUGUGGAAGGCUCUACUGCUGACACGUCGGAAAAGGUGAAGAAGAGCCUGUCCAACAUACUCGGGGUCAUUACCGACACCCUCGCUCCCCCGCCUGACAAAACCAUUGACUGUGAUGUCAUCACUCUGGUGGCAACCCCCGCAGGCACAACAGAGGUGUAUGACAGCACCAAGGCACGUCUUUACAGCUUGCAAGCAGACCCGGCAACAUACUGCAAUGAGCCAGAUGGCCCUCCAGAGCAGUUUGAUGCGUGGCUCUCCAGUUGCAGCUUGGAGGAGAAGAAGGCAGAGAUCUCUGAGCUCCUGGUCAACAGCCCCUCUAUCAGGGCCCUCUACACCAAAAUGGUGCCUGCGGCAGUGGCUCACUCCGAGUUCUGGCAGCGCUACUUCUACAAAGUAUUCCAGCUGGAGCAGGAGGAGGCGAGGAGAUUGGCCCUGAAGCAGAGAGCGGAGCAGACAGCCCACCGGUCAGAGCGGGAGAGUCUAGGCUGGGAAGAGGAGGAGGAAGAUGACUUCCUGGGUGCCGCCUCCACAUCUCGUCUGGACUUCACGCCUCCUCUGGAGGACCCCUCCUGCCGUGCGUCGUCCCUCCUGGCAGCAGUAGCAGCAGCGGCCUGCUCCACCUCCACUCCCACCCCUCACUCCUCCUCCGUCUCGACCGCUUACCACCCCUCCUCCGUCUCCCCCUCGGCCAGCCAGGGAGCCUUCUCCCCGGGCACCACCGCCUCCGACGUCACGCCCUCCGUCAGCAGCGACAGCGUCAGCCUGCCCACGCAGCUGGAGGCCCAGCCUGUGAGCCCAGACCCCGCAGUCGCCUCCGAAGCCGCCGCCUCCCCACAGCCCCCCGCCCAGGAGCUGAGCCAGAGGCUGAGCGAGGCCAGCCUUGAGGAAGAGGAGCUGGCGAAGGUGGAGAGGAGCAGCAGCCCCGAGCCCCAGACAGGGGGAGAGCCGCAGCAGCAGAUCGCUGCCCAGCCAGAGGUGGUGGUCACGGACGGGCCGAUCCCAGAGGAUGAGGUGGCCCCGCCGGCGGCGGCACCGGCACCCGCGGUCAAAAUGGAAGGCAGCAAGGAGGACGGGCCGCAGGACCUGAGGGUGUUCGAGCUGAACUCUGACAGCGGCAAGUCCACGCCCUCCAACAAUGGCAAGAAAGGCUCUAGCACAGAUGUGAGUGAGGACUGGGAAAAAGACUUCGACCUGGACAUGACGGAGGAGGAGGUGCAGAUGGCCCUGUCCAAAAUGGACGCCACCGGAGAGUUGGAUGAGGAAGACUGGGAAAACUGGGACUGAACAGGAUGAUGACGAAGAUGAUGAUGAUUUAUGACGCCGAUGCAGGAGGAUAUUCUGUGCCCCCUACCCUGCUCUACCCUGCCCUACCCUGCAGCCCCAACGAACUGAGUCUCCUGCCCCUCCAGACCACAUGCACACUGACCAUCUCACCUCACCUGGGACAACGCAUUGACAAGGGCAAUUUUUCUCCUUAAACACGCAUACAGACAGACACAUAAAUGUACAAAGAUGACAAUAACACACACACACACACACACACACAGCAGACAUUUACACUCCAUUCUGACAUGCCCACAUGCACACGUAGGUGUAGACCUACAGACACUUCACAACUCUCCCCACCUCUUCUGUUCUGCCCCCUGUCAUUGCAAUAAAAAGAUCAGCCCACAUCCAGCAUUUUGUGUGCCCACCCAGUGUGUGAAGGGCCUCACUGCUUGUUGUAAAAGGGGGUUGUUGUUUCCUGGGCCUGGUGUUAGUCCAGUAAGCCUUAGAGUCUACAGUACCUUAGCCGAGGCCCGGUACAGUACAGUACAGUACAGUAGCUUCCACAUCUGGCUAACAUGUUGGAGAAGAAACUGACUAGUCAGUCAGUCAGCGCUGCACGAUUGAUUCAGCCAUCACCGGUGCUGUUGCCAUAGUACCUGUCCUUUCUGACGUAACAUAACUAUAAUAAUAAUAAUUACAAAAAUAAUGAUGAUGGAAAAAAGAAUUCAUUUAAUGUACAGUAGAUGUGUAAAGCCAACACUACCCCCCUUCCACACACAAUGGAAAAGUUACGGCUUCAGGCUUCUGGAUAGCCAUUGACUGUAAAAUGCUGCUUGUCGCCUUGAGAAGUAAAAAACAAAAGAAGAAAAAAAAGCUCCUUCAUGCUCAAAUAUAUGUCUAUAUAUAUGUAUCUUUAUUUUCCCUCUCUUCCAGUAAUGUGCUGGACAGUUUUCUUUUUUUCUGUUCGACUACUAUAUUAAUUAAUUAAUUACUAAUAUUCAACUGCCUCGUGCUAAAUCAACGUUGCAAAAAAAAGGACUUUUGGCUUCAUGGACUGUCAGAACAUUGUGGAAUAAAAAAAGAUAAAAGAAACCCAAAUGUUGAUAAAUACUCUCAACAAUCAGCAAGUAACAUGGUGGCCUUGGGAGACGCAGAAUGUGUUAUUAUCUGAAGAGUAAGAAGACAACAGAUGAUGGAAAAACAAUGAGUUGACUAAACACAGCCAGUACUUGUUGCAUCAUUUGUGUUGUUAAUGUUGUUUUCACGUCUCAAUUCCUCUGUUCGUUGGGUGAGGGGAACGUCAACUGUGUACCAUUUUGUUUUUUAUUUUGAACAUUGAUUGCAACAUAUUGCAAGUUCUGGUCUACUGUCUUGUCUUCUCUCACCGUCUUACUUGUCAGGUGUCUGAUGUUGUUGUCAGAUAAUAUGGUUGUUUGGCCUGUUGGUUUAGGGCUUUCCCUGUCAUCCAUUGUGAUGCAAUAAGAAAAAAAGAUAAGCAAAAAGAAAGACAGAAACAUGUGGAGGGUGUCCACAGUGUUGCAAAGCUAUGUUUCGCUAGUUUCGCAACCUGUCCUAUGCGCAAAAGACCUCUCCUAGACACAUAGAUUUAGCGAGAUUUGGUUCUUUUUUAGCCUUUUGCUCGUCAGUUGUACUGGGUACAGUGAUACGGAAAAGUUUGUUUGCACCUUCUUGUUAUUUGUUCAUUUAGAUCCCAAAUACAUCCGUGUACAUUCUCUUCAUAUUUGGAAAUGUAUGUGUAUGCAAUAUGGGUUUUAUUAAUUUAACUUUUUUUUUGUUCAUUUUUUUUUCAUUUUGAAAAUCAGUGGUUUUUCCCUGGAGAUCCGUUGGUAAUUCUCUAAGUUACGUCAAGAGUUGAUUGUCUCAACAACACUAUGCUUUCGCAUUGCAUGCUGGUAGUUGACCAUGUUCUGCUGACUGUUGUAAUACUGCUGUCAACAUGCCUGGCCACUGACUGUCUAAUGUGUUGGGAGAGUUAACAAUACCAAUUUCUAAUAAUGUGA